AUGACGGCUUUUCGUAAACCUGGCUUCAAUGAAGCCUGGUUCAUAGCUAAGAGUGAGGAAUCAUUUUACUCUAACUUCAAUAUCACUGUUGUAUUUGAUCAGGAUGUUGCUUUAGGAGAGCUUUCUCAUGCAUUGAAAAGGUGUAUCGAUGCCAACAGAUGGUUAACCGUCAACUUUUUUCGGGAAUCUCAAAACAAGAACCCAGACUACCGUAAUGACUAUAAUCUACUGUAUGUCACCCGGAUUGCCUUUCGGACUAUACUUCAAUUGAGCUCAAUUCAGUCCGACGAAGAAUACUUGAAAUUUCUCAAUCUGACUCCGAUACCAAUGAAUCGGAAAGAUUUACCACUUUGGCGAGUUACAUUGAGAAAUCUGAACACAUUGAGUGUAUGUUUCUGUCAUAGUAUUUUCGAUGGAACAUGUGGUCUUCAGAUAAUUCGUGAUUUGGUGGCAGAACUUAACGAAAAUGGUCCAAAAGAGGAAAUCACCGAAUUAUUCAAUUUGCAACUGAAUCAAAACAAAGAUUGGACGGAGAUCGUGCCUGCUGUAGAAAGCAGCUACGAUCUAUACAUCCCACCACUACCACAACGUCUCAGUAUGCUUCUUCUGCAUUAUAUUCCUUUCUUUAGAGGCAAAACUCCUUCUCCAGAUCCUCCUCUAUUCACCUCUUUCCCAGUAGAGAAGACUUUGGAAUCGAAUUACAAAAUUCUACGCUUUGACCACGAGUUUACCUCACAGCUUGUCGCUUUCAGUAGAGAGAAUGGUUUUACUCUCACAUCACUCAUUAACGUGAUCGGUAUUCGCUGCAUUGAAAAAUUCAUCUAUCCAACCUAUGGUCCUUCGUUCUGUUCAAGCCACUUUCUUGCAGUCAAUGGAAGACGCUAUUACCGUCUGAAACCAGGCGAGUCCUACCAAUAUGGAAUGAUGGUAUGCGGUGCCCCAAUAAUAUUUCAUCCUUUAUCAGAUAAUUUUAUCAAUGACUGUAAAGAGUUUCAUCUGUUAAUGCAAGCUGAAAUAGUAUCUCGGCGCGGAUUCAAAAACUACUGGGCAAAUACCUACAUUGACUUCACCUACGAGCAGAAUAAAAAAAUUGGUACGAUGGACCGAUACACUACAAUGGUGUCUAAUCUUGGAAAAUUUGUGAACCCUGUCGGUGCAAUGACCAGAGUCACUGACGCUUACUUUGGACUGACCACGGCUAUGGGAUAUCAUUUUAUUUUUAACAUGUUGACCACAGAUGAAAGUGGGCUUACGCUAGUGAUUCCUUAUAAUCCAAAAUACCUGGAAAGCGAGAUGAGCAAAUUUCUGGAGGAAUUCGAGAAGUUCUGCCUUUCCCUCAUCACUAAUGAAAUGCAAGAGACUACUGAGGAUAUGUCUAUGUAA